GUCAGUAGAGCUUGUUGGUGAAGCGGUGCAGGAAGACAAAGCAGUCAACGCUCAAGAUUUUAGGUUGAAAGCUGAUUACGAAAGGAGCAAACACCAGGAAGUAGGAGUUUGAAGGUUGAGAGAAAAAGUGUUCCGUAAUUAAGAAGCUAGCUGCUGGUAAAGAUACGGUCCACGGCAGUCCACGGGGCGUCAUGGAGCGCACUCAUAAGGGCGACGAGGUGGUACAGCUGACGAAAGGUUGAGCAGACAGUUGGGUUAAGUGAUUCCCGAAGUGUCUAUUGGGGUGGCAAGAUAUGAAAGAUGGGCUUGGGAGAUGGGGAAAAUGGAAGACUUUCUUAACAGGGUUAUUGGACCAACAAGAGCUUGUAUCUUUGUAUCGGCUGUUAGCGCCUUCCCAAUCUUCCUAAAGGCAAAUAUUAUAAAUUUGAAUUAUUAUACUAUUUAUAUACUAUUAGGCAGAACUUUAUCCUGGUACCGGGUGAACUUGGAAGCAAGUGGGGACGAUCCAUACCGAACAACGCUAGAUCCUGGGUCCUGGGUCAGUGGGGUGGGUGCUUUGGAUACUAAAUGAACAACGCCAGAUGUGCUGCUCUGGGUCAGUGGUAAUGACACCAUGGAGCUCCCUCGCGCUACCCCUUCGUUCCAUGAUGACAACAUGGAGGACUGUCCAGUGUGUUUUCUGACAUUUGAUGACAUAUUAGCGCGGCCACGUAAUCUGCCCUGCGGCCAUACUUUUUGUACGCCUUGUGUAAAUGCACUUCAGAAGGAUAAUCAGACCACUUGCCCCACUUGUCGAGUCAUACAUUACAUGCCCGAGGCAGGGGAGUUCCCUAUAGCUUAUGCUGUAGAAACCUUGAUAAAGAGACUGAGAGGUGCAACAUUGACCUCCCAGCCACCCACGCCAGGAAAAGACACAGCAAAGUUAGCAGCCGUACCAUUAAGACGAUUCACUCAAAAGAGAACAGUGGGACUCAGCAGGAAAGCACAGUCGCUGUUAAAGGUGCAGGAAGCAAAGAUUCUUACCGCCAUUCGCACCUGUCAGGAAGUGCAGGCACAGUUGGACCAAUAUCAGACAACCCUGAUUGGCUGGGGCAAGCAACAACAGCAGCUUCAGGAUCAACUCCAGGCACUGAUGGACCAGAGUAAAAGUGCCAAUAUGCUUGUGCAUCGGGAGGAGGCCCAGGUGGCAGCCAAGAAACUGGAGGUACAUCAGGGAGAGCAGCAGCUGCACGCUCUACUGCAGACUCUGCGCACUGCCGCGCCACAGCACGAAGUUUAUGAAGUCAUUGACUCUGCAGAGCAUUACACAGAGGAGGAGAGCCAGAGGGCUGAAGCAUACCUCAGAAUGUUUCCUGAUGUCCACAGCAUCACCACUAUCACUAAGGUGAGGAAGGCAAUAACUGCGGCUCUGGAGGUCGCUACCACCGUCCAGGCAGCUCAGGAGAUCGCUGGUUCUCCUAUUAGUGUUGCAAGGGACUCCAGCCUCGCGGCGGCCCCGUCCUCCUCAAUCAUGCACCGGCUUGAGAUCUUCCUAACACCAGAUUUGAAGAUUGAGGAUCUCCGCCGCCUGACUCUGCCCGCCACAGAAUUGUUGGAGGCCAGCCUCGUGUUCGCUGUCCAUCACAUGGAGGGGCGGAGUCGACACGCAAGAAUCAGCCUCCAAGACAACCGCCUUUACCUCCACUCCCUUCGGAACCAGCCUCCUCCCCCCGGCGCUGUCAUUGUGCAGAUGAAGGAAUUGGUGCCAGCCUGUCCCCCGUGCCUGGUGUUCAUGGACUUGGCGUGGCCGGGCAGCGCGCGGCGUCGGGUUCUCAUCCAUCUGACCCACGACACCCCACGAGGCCAGCAGUUCCUGCUCCUUUGCACAGGGCAGCAAGGCCCAAGCUAUGCCAACACAAGACUGUUUAAGUUAGUGAAAGAGGGAAGGCCGGGAGAAAGGGUGUGGGGAGGAGAUUAUGAAUACAAUAAUGGGAUGGGAGGAGCCGCGCUACUACCUGACCUUGACAAAGGUGAGUAUGGGAAGUCAACUAAGGCCGGCGGGUUGUGGUGGUGGUGGGGACGUGGCCCUGCCCGCGGUGCUCAGUUCACGAUCACCAUCAACGACUGUCCGAAGGGUGUUGAGCGCCCUGUGUUCGGCGAGGUGGUGGAGGGUUUAGAUAGCGUGGAGGCGGCAGCGCGGCACCGUCCCAUUACUGAAGUGACUGUGGUGGAAUGUGGCGUGGUGCUGUGGAAUUAGUCCUCGGCUAAUAGUACCAGUUAAACGCCUUGGAAGGCGAUUAACGAGAGAAGCUCUGCAUAGCUAGAGAGAGAGAGAGAGAGAGAGAGACUGAAAGUUCCAUUUGGUAAAAACUGCAGAAAACUGACAGUGGAUUUAUAAAAAAAGUUUUAUUGUACUUUGCGCAUGCACUAUAGUGUUGCGAAUCUGAUAUGCUUUUUGGUUAUAACUUGUAUUAAUCUUAUUACAUGGAAAAUUUGAGGUGUAUGAGUUCUUUAGUUAAAAAUAAUAAUAAAGUGGUGAUCCCACACCACAUUGUAAUGUCAAGGAAGAAGAAAGAAGAUAAAAUAAGAAAGAAGAGAAGAUAGAAUCAGUAAUGAAAAAAAAAAAAAAAUGGAGGAGGUGAAUGAAGUAGUGAGAAUAACAAGCGGUCAGCGGUCAGAAAGCGUAAUGCAGUCUAUAAAUCAAUUGUCUUAUUAAACGGGGAGUAGGCUGUUUAAUUGAUUUCUUAUGUUUGAUAUGAUAGAUUUGUAUGGUGUACGAAAAUUUACUCAGUUAUGGAGUGUUUAUAGUAAUUGAUGUGAUACUGAUAUUAUGUGUGUUUUUCUAACUGAACAUUAAUGACGUGGAAUAAAUAUUUGCUGUUUAUUAAUUUGAUAUUGUCUUUGCACGAUGAAUAUUUUGAAGAGAUAUAAAAUGAUGGCUAAUAACUUUGAAUGAUUUGGAGAUGAAUGCGGGUGAGAAAUUUUGACUUGUAAGAAAUGUAAAUAGUUAAUAGUUAUUGAUUAAAAUAUGAAAAUGAU